AUGGGGGGGUGGCGGUUCCUCCGGCAGCGUCUCUUCCCCUCCGCAGCCUCCAAGGAAGACGUCAUGGCUCCGGAGGGUCUGUGCUUGGCAAGGAGACGGCCCGGAGCCCUCGCCUUGGCUCGGGGCCGCCUGGCUCGGCUCCUGCUGGUCUGGACGGCCCUGUCCUGUGUGGCCGGUGGCCAAGGCCGCUGGGACGGGGCGGCGCAGCCUGCAGGUCCUGGACGCGUGCGCGGGCAGGGUGGCCCCGCUGUCUUGCACGGGCCGAAUGUGUGCGGCCCGCGUUUCCACGCCUACUGCUGCCCCGGCUGGAGGACCCUGCCCGGCGGGAGCCAGUGUGUCGUGCCCGUCUGCAGGCGCUCCUGCGGCCAGGGCUUCUGCUUCCAGCCCAACCUGUGCACCUGCGCGGAUGGGACGCUGGCCCCCAGCUGCGGCCACAGCGGAGGGCCGGGCUGCAGCGUGAGCUGCAUGAACGGCGGCAGCUGCCGAGGGCAGUCCUGCCUGUGUCAGAGGGGCUACGCGGGCACCGUGUGCGGGCAGCCUGUCUGUGACCACGGCUGUCACAACGGGGGCCGCUGCAUUGGGCCCAACCGCUGCGCCUGUGUCUAUGGCUUCAUGGGGCCCCAGUGUGAGAAAGACUACCGGACGGGGCCCUGCUUCGGCCAAGUGGGCGCCGAGGGGUGCCAGCGCCGGCUGACGGGCCCCGCGAGCACCAAGACACUUUGCUGUGCCACCGUGGGCCGAGCCUGGGGCCUUCCGUGUGAACUCUGCCCUGCACAGCCACACCCCUGCCGCCGGGGCUUCCUCCCCAAUGUCCACUCGGGGGCCUGCCAGGACGUGGAUGAGUGCCAGGCCAUCCCGGGCCUGUGCCAGGGCGGCAGCUGCGUCAACACGGUGGGCUCCUUCCUGUGCCGCUGCCCGGCCGGACACCGGCUCAGCGACAGCGGAGCGGCCUGCGAAGACCACCGGGCAGGCACCUGCUUCUCGGCGCUCUUGGGGGGCCGCUGCGCCAGAGGGCUUGCCGGCCCCCACACUCGCAGGCAGUGCUGCUGUGACAAGGGCAGGUGCUGGGCGGCCGGGCCCGUCCCGGAGCUGUGUCCGCCUCGGGGCUCUGACAAGUUCCAGUGGCUGUGCGCGCAGGGGCUGCCCCUGCUGCCCGCCCGCCCUGGCCUCUCCCCUGGCCUCCCGACCUUCGGCGCGGGUCCUGGCCUCGGUCUGGCGCGACAUGGCCCCCACGUGUCCAGUGGGCGUGGGGUCCCCAGCCUGGGCCCUGGCAACUCCGACGCUGACGUGGACGAGUGCACCAGCAGCCCCUGUCACCACGGGGACUGCGUCAACGCGCCGGGCUCCUACAGCUGCCGGUGUCACCAGGGCUUCCAGGCCACGCUCAGGAAGCAGGCGUGCGUGGACGUGGACGAGUGUGCUGCUAGCGGUGGCCUUUGCCACCCGGGCCGCUGCGUCAACACGGAGGGCAGCUUCCGGUGUGUCUGCAGCGCAGGCUUCGAGCUCAGCCGCGACGGGAAGAGCUGUGUGGGUGAGUUGGGGGUGCGCAGGGAGGCAGGAGGCUCCUGGGCCCCACUAGCUGCCCUUUAUGGCCACCUCGAGUCUUCAUUUCUGUCCUGUCACCCGCCUUCCGCCCUACGAUGACUCCUCUGCUCACCUGAGCCAAGCAGCCUACCUUACACCCUUCUUGUCACCUGUCCACCUCGACUCUUGCCUCCUUCCUGAAUU